AGCGACAAGCACCAUUCCCCUUCUUAGCACUUCACAAUCUGAAACCACUGCUGCAGCUACCUCUACCACAGGAAUAACCUCCACCUCUCCUCUAGAGACGACUUCUGCAGCUCAAACUACAGCAAUGACUAGCAGCACUAGAAGUGAAGAGACAACCACGCUUCCCCUUCUUACAACUUCAGAACCUGGGAGCACAGCAACAGCCACCUCAAGGUUUCCAGAGACCUCCACAACUCCUGUAGAAACCACAACCCCAACAGAGAGGACAACAAUAACUAGUACCACUGGAGCUGAAGUGACAACCACACUUUCCCUUCUUGCAACUUCACAACCUGAAAGCACAACUGCAGCAACCUCAACUGCUCCAGAAACAACCACAGUUCUGCAAGAGACCACUUCCCCAGCUGAGAGUACACCAAUAAUUAGUACUUCUACAGUAGAAGCGACAAGCACCAUUCCCCUUCUUAGCACUUCACAAUCUGAAACCACUGCUGCAGCUACCUCUACCAUGGGAAUAACCUCCACCUCUCCUCUAGAGACGACUUCUGUAUCUCAAACUACAGCAAUGACUACUAGCACUAGAAGUGAAGAGACAAUCACACUUCCCCUUCUUACAACUUCCGAACCUGAGAGCACAGCAACAGCCACCUCAAGCUUUCCAGAGACCUCCAAAACUCCUGUAGAAACCACAACCCCAACAGAGAGGACAACAAUAACUAGUACCACUGGAGCUGAAGUGACAACCACACUUUCCCUUCUUGCAACUUCACAACCUGAAAGCACAACUGCAGCAACCUCAACUGCUCCAGAAACAACCACAGUUCUGCAAGAGACCACUUCCCCAGCUGAGAGUACACCAAUAAUUAGUACUUCUACAGUAGAAGCGACAAGCACCAUUCCCCUUCUUAGCACUUCACAAUCUGAAACCACUGCUGCAGCCACAUCUACCAUGGGAAUAACCUCCACCUCUCCUCUAGAGACGACUUCUGCAGCUCAAACUACAGCAAUGACUAGUACUUCUACAACAGAGGUGACAACCACUGUUCCUAAUCCCACGACGACAUUGGCUGCGAGCAUAGCUACAGCCACAUCAACUGCUCCAGAAACCACCACAGUUACACUGAAGACCACUUCCCCAGCUGGGACUACACCAAUAAUUAGUACUUCUACAAUAGAAGGGACAACCACCCUUCCCCUUCCUAGUACUUCACAACCUGAAACCAGUGCUGCAGCCACCUCUACCAUGGGAAUAACCUCCACAUCUCCUCUAGAGACGACUUCUGCAGCUGAAACUACAGCAAUGACUAGUAGCACUAGAAGUGAAGAGACAACCACGCUUCCCCUUCUUACAACUUCAGAACCUGGGAGCACAGCUACAGCCACCUCAACUUUCACAGAGACCUCCACAACUCCUGUAGAAACCACAACCCCAACAGAGAGGACAACAAUAACUAGUACCACUGGAGCUGAAGUGACAACCACACUUUCCCUUCCUUCAACUUCACAACCUGAAAGCACAACUGCAGCCACCUCAACUGCUCCAGAAACAACCAUAGUUCUGCAAGAGACCACUUCCCCAGCUGAGAAACCUGGGAGCACAGCUACAGCCACCUCAACUUUUCCGGAGACCUCCACAACUCAUGAAGAAACCACAACCCGAACAGAGAGCACAACAAGAACUAGUACUAGUGGAGCUGAAGUGACAACCACAAUUUCCCUCCCUGCAACUUCACAAGUCAAAAGCACAACUGCAGCCACCUCAACUGCUCCAGAAACAAGCACAGUUCUGCAAGACACAACUUCCCCAGCUGAGAGUACAACAAUAAUUAGUACUUCUACAGUAGAAGGGACAAGCACCCUUCCCAUUCUUAGCACUUCACAACCUGAAACCAGUGCUGCAGCCACCUCUACCACAGGAAUAACCUCCACCUCUCCUCUAGAGACGACUUCUGCAGCUCAAACUACAGCAAUGACUAGCAGCACUAGAAGUGAGGAGACAACCACCCUUCCUCUUCCAACAGCUUCGGAACCUGGGAGCACAGCGAUAGCCACCUCAAUGUUUCCAGAGACCUCCACAACUCCUGCAGAAACCACAACCCCAACAGAGAGGACAACAAUAACUAGUACCACUGGAGCUGAAGUGACAACCACACUUUCCCUUCCUUCAACUUCACAACCUGAAAGCACAACUGCAGCCACCUCAACUGCUCCAGAAACAACCACAGUUCUGCAAGAGAGCACUUCCCCAGCUGAGAGUACACCAAUAAUUAGUACUUUUACAGUAGAAGGGACAAGCACCCUUCCUUUUCUUCGCACUUCACAAUCUGAAAGCACUCCUGCAGACACCUCUACCAUAGGAAUAACCUCCACCUCUCCUCUAGAGACGACUUCUGCACCUCAAACUACAGCAAUGACUAGCAGCACUAGAAGUGAGGAGACAGCCACGCUUCCCCUUCUUACAACUUCAGAAUCUGGGAGCACAGCUACAGCCACCUCAACUUUUCCGGAGACCUCCACAACUCCUGUAGAAACCCCAACCCCAACAGAGAGGACAACAAGAACUAGUACCACUGGAGCUGAAGUGACAACCACAGUUUCCCUCCCUGCAACUUCACAAGCCGAGAGCACAACUGCAGCCACCUCAACUGCUCCAGAAACAACCACAGUUCUGCAAGACAUAACUUCCCCAGCUGAGAGUACAACAAUAAUUAGUACUUCUACAGUAGAAGGGACAAGCACUCUUCCCCUUCUUAGCACUUCACAACCUGAAACCAGUGCUGCAGCCACCUCUACCACAGGAAUAACCUCCACCUCUCCUCUAGAGACGACUUCCGCAACUCAAACUACAGCAAUGACUAGCAGCACUAGAAGUGAGGAGACAACCACGCUUCCUCUUCCAACAGCUUCAGAACCUGGGAGCACAGCGAUAGCCACCUCAAUGUUUCCAGAGACCUCCACAACUCCUGUAGAAACCACAACCCCAACAGAGAGGACAACAAUAACUAGUACCACUGGAGCUGAAGUGAGAACCACACUUUCCCAUCCUUCAACUUCACAACCUGAAAGCACAACUGCAGCCACCUCAACUGCUCCAGAAACAACCACAGUUCUGCAAGAGAGCACUUCCCCAGCUGAGAGUACACCAAUAAUUAGUACUUCUAGAGUAGAAGGGACAAGCACCCUUCCUCUUCUUAGCACUUCACAAUCUGAAACCACUCCUGCAGACACCUCUACCAUAGCAAUAACCUCCACCUAUUCUCUAGAGACGACUUCUGCACCUGAAACUACAGCAAUGACUAGUAGCACUAGAAGUGAAGAGACAACCACGCUUCCCCUUCUUACAACUUCAGAACCUGGGAGCACAGCGAUAGCCACCUCAACUUUUCCAGAGACCUCCACAACUCCUGUAGAAACCACAACCCCAACAGAGAGGACAACAAUAACUAGUACCACUGGAGCUGAACUGACAACCACACUUUCCCUCCCUGCAACUUCACAAGCCAAAAGCACAGCUAUAGGCAGCUCUACCACAGCAGAAACAUCCACCUCACCUUUCCAGAUGACUUCUGCAGCUGAAACUACAGCAAUAACUAGUACAACCAGAAGUGAAGAAACAACCACCCUUCCUCUUCUUACAGCUUCAGAAUCUGGGAGUACAUCAAUAGCCACCUCAACUACUCCAGAGAUCUCCAAAACUCCUGCAGAGAUCACUUCUCCAGGAGAGACUACGAGUAUAUCUACUAUCACUACAGUGGAAAAGGCAACCACAGUUCCUCUUCCUACCAGCACCAGACCACUCUCCUAA